CGGACUAUCCAUACUCAAUGCUUUUUGAGUUGUUACCUCUAAAGUCAUAUACUAUAGUAAUUUAGCUAAAUACCCAUUGCGCCGACAGAACAGUUCUGAAGGGUUAAGGUGUAAAGCUGUAAAGAAGGUGAUCAAGGUAGAGAAUAUGUAUUAAGACCUCGGUUGUGUGCUACGCACAGGUGUUAUACACAGGUCAACAUAAAAAACCCAUACUUUGCCAUCAUAAAUAGUUAGAAACACCAACUGCAGAAGCAUGUCGAAACGUGCACACAGAGGAUCGCUGGCCGAUGGUCUGGUUUUGAAUCAAUCGCUAGAAAACCGUGGCAUCCACUUAGGUCCCGAGUACUUCGAUAAAGCCGCAACACAAGCCGAGUUUCAAGUAUUGUGUGAUACUGUUCGUAAAGAGUACGGCACCAGUUGCCUCUGGCGAUAUAUCUACGAGUGGUGUUUGUGCUCAGAAUACAUCUCUGAAGAGCGUCUAUCUUACAAUAUUGUAUACAAACCGUCUACCGUAAAUGAUUUUGGAGUCCCACUGCAAGUCACCAUCAACCGAUCAAAGCCAGAGAUUGUGGCUGGACAGAAAAGCGUAUCUUCCCUAGCACCCGGUGCUCAGUGUGUCAUCUGUUUCGAGAAUGUCGCAUCUGCCGGCAAACCAGGCCUGAGGGCCUACGAGUUUGUUCUCAAUGGCCGCAGCUUCUUCGUUCAGUACCCCCCGUACCCUUACUGCGACGGUCAUGCUGUUGUGAUUGAACGCGAGCACACGGCCCAGAUUAUUACGAGGAACACGGUCGAUGAUCUUCUGGACUUCGCCACCAAUUUCGAGCACUUGUGUAUCAGCUCAAACACUGACAAGAGUGGUACGGGAGCCUCCAUUCUGCAACAUAGACACUAUCAAGUAUCAGGCAUGAGGUUACCUCUCUUCUCUGCAGUGAGUGCCGCAGACGCGCAACCAAUGCAGUACGGUGCCGCCUCUGUAUCUGUUCUCCACUAUCCAGUUGUAGCCAUACGCAUUGAGGGCACGGAUACUGGCACGAUUGCCAAGGCGGCCACGCGCAUCCUGGACAUCUGGCGAAGUGAAGAGUUCUGUGCCGCCGAGGGCUUCGAAGUGGAUCAGCAGACCAUGAGCUUCUCCGCACUGCACGAGUACGGUAAUUUCAUACUGAUCAUGGUACCCAGAACCACGACCGCGCAGACCAACCCCCACAACCACUGUAUCAAGCACGAGUUCGUGGGCAUCCUCGAGAUGGCUGGGUAUGCCGUGCUGCCGGCGCGUCUCCACGAUGAACUGGCCAAACUCGAAGGAGUUUUGGAGAACAACAGCGACCCGGCUCAGUUACCGGCAGACUUGACCUCGUUCGCCCCCUUUGUGGACGAUUGCUGGACCAAGAUAGAAGAUAAAGAUCCGCACAGUAGGAUGGAAGCAGCUCUGAAUGCCGCCUUCGCAAACAUUAUACGAGAAAACUCGCCAUACGACAGCACCGAUAAAACUAAAACCAUGCGAUUAGUCAACAAGGCACUAGAGCACUAGCAGUCCGAUUAUAGCAAAUUGAGAGGGGGGUAAGGAUAGUUGAAGUCAAUAAACGCU